CUGGAGAGGACGGAGGCAGGAAGGAGCGGAGAUGACGGGGGGAGAAAAGAGGGAAUCACAGAAAGGAUGAGACCAGAUAAACCGUGUGGGAGGUGUAAAUCCUGUAUGGAUGAGGCGGCUGUGAGAGGAGGAGAGGUAUGAAGAAUAGGCGGCUGUUGGAGGUGUCCCACGGGCAUGUUUGUCCUCUGGCCAUUCAGCCCGAGUGUCUCCACUCUGCACACAGACGCUCUGCGAGGGAGAAGAAAGACCGUCUAAAAAUAAACUGACACCCACCACCAGCAGAAAAACCAAAACCAAACCAACAAAUAGAAGAAGAGGACAAAGAAGGAUUUUUUUUGUCUCUUUCACCCUGUCUGACUCUCUCUCUCUCUCUCUUUCCCUGCUCCAGUUCUGUUUCUCUGUCCUCAUUACAGCCUGAGAGGAGGUCAUGUCCCAGUCUGGAAAAGUCCUUCAUUUGUAUGUAGAAGUGAGGUCUGCCCCAGAUCAGAAGGGAGGGAAAGCAGCAUUUGGAGAAAACGAAGAAGGGAUUGCUCAGGGGCAUUCGGUUCAGGACAAUCCUGCGGAGCUCCUGUCUCAGCUAGCGAGCCAGACGACAUGCCAGACCGUUACCAAGGUCUCCACAGGCCACCGCCUGGUUCAGGACUGCACACACAGCCCGUCUCCUUCGAGAAACACUGUUAACUUUCAGCUCCAGCAAGCCGGCAGGUCCCCUGUAGUCACCAAGCACUGGACUUCACCCUGUGAGGACACGCCUGCCGUCCACUCGCCAUCAAUGACCUCUUCUGGAAGAGUCACGCUCCCUCACACACCUCCCAACUGCCGGAGGUUUAAUGAGGAAGAGGUCUGCGAUGGCAAGCGGUCUGUAGUCACCUUCAGUUAUGUUGAGAAGUCCAAUGUGAAGACUGUGGACAGUCCACGCAGCUCUGUGUGCGAGAGAAGGAGCAGAGAGGAAAGAUCCACCCCCUCUCACUUUCGCAAAAGGCUCAGCGAUCCAGUUUGGUUUGGAAGUCCCGAUUCAUCGUGCAGCUCCAGUCCUAAGCUGACUUUCCGAUCUCCAGGAAGUCACCAGCAGACGUUCUCUCCCGGCCUUCGCCAACCACCCUUGGAUCCCAUCGGCAGGGCAGCUACCCAGAGGGCUGUGGAGGAGUUCGGCUCCCCGUUACUGAGAAUUAAACUAGCCCAUGCACUUGAGCACACAUCCACAUCCUCACGCUACAACCAACAGCCACGCUGUCAGUCCUGGGCUGGUUCUCCUGUGCAGCGUCAGAGCAUCAGUGUAAACCCCAAAGACCACACCACGGAUAGGAGGCAGGCCCUUUGCGGGCUACCUCGGAGCCCAGCAUCUGACCAGCUUUCCUCCCAGUCCAGACAGUCUCCUCACUCAAAGCCAGAAUCCCGCGUCGGGUCCCAGAGCCCUCAUCAGUGGUUAGGAGAGGACAGAGCUGCGGCAGGUAGUCCAGCCACCAAAAGACGUGUUCACAGGACCAGUAACAGGAGCACUUCUCCACAGGGAGCAAUUCUUCAACUUGGCAAUAAUGUAAUUGAGGGCUUGAACCAGUUAAGUGACAGUAAAUCCUCCUCUCCGGCUCGUAGCCCUGAAGUUGCACGCAGGUUAGCAGAGGAGGCCACCAAAGUAUCCUCUGUUUUCACCGAGGCAAGACGAUCCUCAUUGCACGGUGCUUUAGGUGAGUCCGCAAGCCUCUCAAACUCUGGAGAGUUUCAGAUUUCGUCUUCAAAUGCACAACAGUCUAAGCAAACGCUCAAGAUGAAUAUCCCUUUAAACGACCAACACACGCCAGCAUCUGACAACACAGACUGUCACCAGCCUGAAAACUCGAUCUUGCAGUCACAGUCACUUGAAACAAACUCCCAUAAUAAUAACUGUGAGACACACCAGGAGGACUCCAUUCAGAAAUCCCAGCAUCAGAGCUCAAUUUUAUCGGUGUCUCACAAUUCCCCUGCCAUUCCUUCACGUAUACUCCGUCCCUCUCAUCCUCCCACAGAGCUCAGCUCUCCCAUGAGGGACCCCAGGUUAUUCCAAGCAGAGCUCCGAGCACCAGACACUCCCACCCUGCAUCGGCGUCAGCUCCCACAAUACACCAGAGACUCCUGGUCCCUGGGCCUGGACAAGAGGGGCGACCUGAGCUGUUCAGAGAGAGGGGACGGCACAGAGCUUGCUCGCAGGCUCUUUAUCAAUCAGAGUGUUGAGGAGGCACCAGUUAGCUGGACAUCCAGGCAGCAGUGGGGGAAUCAGGGGGAGAACAGCCCAAGACUAAGCUCUGAGCCUGAAUUUGGGUCCAUCUAUGAUCGAACCCCUGAUCGUCAAUCCAGCAGCCGGUGCCGACCGCUCAGUCCCACAGCCCAGCGGAAACGGGCUGAGCAGAGGAGGAGAGAAAUCCUGCUUCUGGGACCGGUGGUGCUGGACUCUCCAGAGGAGGAUGAGGGUUGUGAUGAGGAAGGACAGCACGAUGAGGUGGAGGGAUUUGGGGCAGUGCAGCAGCCUCGUCUGCAGAGGGUGGAAGAGCCUCCAGAAGCAGAGCCAAAUGGAGUGAUGGGAGGGUCGUCCUCGCGGAGCUCCAGUGGGGUGACGGGCAGCUUGGGGGACAGGGACUGUGUGUCCCCGGAGUCCAGUCAGUCCAGUCACCAGAGCAACGAGACCGGGGUCGCCACCUCAGGAAUACAGGUGGGAAAGAAAACGGACAGCGGCUGUGCGGCGCCCGUCCCCUCGCUUCACUGUCAGAGGAUCGCACGAGCCAAGUGGGAGUUUCUAUUCGGGACCCCUGCUGAGGAGGCUGCCAGCAGGGGGGCGAGAAAUUCUCUGGAAACCUCCACAGCGCCUCCCAGUGGUAACUCCAGUGAGUCUCCCACACCGACCCCCCCUUCCUCCCUGCCUCUGCUCUCUGCCAAUCACGAGGUUCAACAUGUGGAGGUAGAACUGGUGACGCCUCCCCCAGCCAUUAUCGGGACUUCGCCCAAAACUGGCAUCAUUCGCCGCACACUAAAGUACUCAGAAACUGACCUGGACGCCGUCCCACUGCGCUGCUACCGCGAGACGGACAUAGACGAGGUGCUGCUGGCUGAGCAGGAUGACGCCGACUCUGCGUUUGGGAGUAACCGCAGCGUGCAGGGCACUUCGGGGACUGGCAGCAGCCCGCUCGAGGGUCUGGCCUAUGGGGGGACAGAUGGGGGGGUGGCAGAGGAGAGAAGAGGGGGAAGGGAGGACGAGGAGGAGGAAGAUGAGGAGGAGGAUGAAGAGGAAGAGAUGGUGAGCUGGGCCAGCGUGAGGAUGCAAGGAGACAACAGGAAGCAGCAGUACGCAGCUCAGGAAGAGCCGGAGGUGUUUGGUCACCUUCUGAAGAGGCCAAUGGAAACGUUUUUCGACAACCACCAUCCAGCCCUGAAAUCCCCCAUCUUGGUCUCUGGUCCGCGUUGUGCUGCAGAGGACACCUUCAGCCGCCACUUUGAGAGCAUCAUGGAGUCACACAGAGCCAAAGGCACAUCAUACAACAGCCUUGACAGCGAGGAGCUGCUGACCUCCAGCACUCAAACAGUCCUGACCUUUGACCUGCCCACGCUGACCCCUGCCAUCCACACUCCGGUUUGCCAGAGCGCCAGGCAGAUCGUCCAGCUCAGCUUCGCCCCGCUGGCGCACGGCGAGCGACCCAGUCUCUCUGACUCUAUCUUUACCGUGACUGGGGACUCGGACGCCACCCGAGCUCCGUCCAGCGAGAGGCUGAGCAGCGGAUCUGACGAUACGCCGCCCAGAGGACGAGAGUGUGCACAGCUGGGGAGCGACUGGCACAGCAACCUUUCCUUUUCGUUACCAAGCAGGGAGAAGGCCCGCCUGGCCACAGAUUCGGAGCUGGACCAGGACCUCAGUGACAGACUGGGUCUGGGCAGCAGCGACACCCUCACCAACGGCAGUCACCGCGCCGACGUGGCAGCCGCCAAACGCUUGGCCAAACGUCUCUUCAACUUGGAUGGCUUCAGGAAAUCCGAUGUGGCGCGUCACCUCAGCAAGAAUAAUGACUUCAGCCGUAUGGUGGCAGAAGAGUAUUUGAGUUUCUUCAGCUUCACAGGCCUCGCUCUCGACCAGGCGUUGCGGACUUUCCUCAGGCAGUUUGCCCUGAUGGGUGAGACUCAGGAGAGGGAGAGGGUGCUGUCACACUUUUCUAAGCGCUACUUGGACUGCAACCCAAGAGUCAUACCAUCAGAGGAUGCGGUUCACACUCUCACCUGUGCCCUCAUGCUGCUGAACACUGACCUGCAUGGUCCGAACAUCGGAAAGAGGAUGUCGUGCACGCAGUUCAUUAGCAACCUGGAAGGACUGAACAACGGCCAAGAUUUUCACAAGGAUCUGCUCAAAGCGCUCUACAACUCAAUCAAGAAUCAGAAGCUGCAGUGGACACUCGACGAAGAAGAGCUGCGGAAGUCUUUUUCGGAGCUCGGGGACAGCCUGUGUGACUCCAACACCUCCAGAUCGAUGAAGCGGGUGGGCAGCAGUGGCAAGCCCCUCUCGGACGGGUCGGAGCCAUCUGGAUCGCUGCUCUACAAGAACGGAUUCCUGGUCCGCAAAGUCCACGCCGACUGUGACGGCAAGAGAACACCAAGAGGGAAGAGAGGCUGGAAGACCUUCUAUGCCAUCCUAAAAGGGCUAAUUCUCUAUCUGCAAAAAGGGGAGUACAGGCCUGAUAAACAGCUGUCCGAGGAGGACCUGAAGAACGCCGUGUCCAUCCACCACUCUCUGGCCAUGAAGGCUUCAGACUACAGCAAGAGGCCCAACGUGUUCUACCUGCGAACUGCCGACUGGAGGGUGUAUCUCUUCCAGGCACCGAACGCAGAGCAGAUGCAGUCUUGGAUCACACGGAUCAACACAGUGGCCGCCAUGUUCUCAUCUCCUCCCUUCCCAGCAGCCAUCGGCUCCCAGAAGAAGUUCAGCCGGCCGCUGUUGCCGGGGACGACGUCAAAACUCUCUGAGGAGGAGCAGGUCAGAUCCCACGAAGCUCGAUUCAGAAGUCUUUCCACUGAACUGGCUGAGCUCCGCUCUUACCCUCCCGACCGCAAGGUCAAAGGGCGCGAGCUGGAAGAGUACCGCCAGCGAGACGAGUAUCUGGAGUUUGAGAAAACACGGUAUGGGACGUACGUCAUGCUGCUGCGAGCUAAAAUCCGUAGCGGCGUGGACGACCUGUCUGUGUUCGAGUCCCAGCUGCUGGAGGACAAUGGGCUGCAGAGGGCUCACUCCAGCCCCACGCUGCAGGACAGCAGCCAGAUCAGCCAGGUGAGCCAGGCCAGCAGCACCAGAGACGGCGGCAACAGCAGCAAGGCCAGCGGCUGCAGCAGCAAGCUUCGACAGGAAGGCCAGAGACACAGCUACCGGCAGGCUGUCAAGAAGUGAGACGGGGCGGGGGCGCCGGGAGCGGCUCAGCGUUGCACUGCCAGCGGCAGGCUGUCUCCCUGCAUAGGUUUUUGUUUGAGAUCCAGGAGGGUUUGGAGCUCUGCUUGAAGGGGGAGCAGGAGUGAGGGUCUACCCCACGCCCUCCCCCAGACCAUGACGCCCUACCCGGCACCCCGAUCUUCUCGUCUAACAGAGGAGGGCUGGGAAACACCAGCGAGGAUGUUGGUGCAGGAGGUGGGAGGUCACACAUGUGCAGAGACGAGGUGUCUUUGAGAACGUGCGCUGGGUGCAGCAGCAGACUGAACUGUGCAGUGAGAUGCAGGAGGUGCUGACACACUGGACAGGGCACCAGACAGGGACGUACAUCCAGCAUCCUUUCCUACCCCCACCCCCGCUUUGUUCUUUAAAGGCACUUCUCCAGCCUCGUGCUCCCACCUGUUUUCUUGACCUUUCACUCAGUUUUGGGACCAAACAUGUUAACGCGUUUUGACGACUGAUGACUUCAGUUGAAUUGGUACCACCACUCUGAUCUGAAGCGCUGUACCAGUUGCUGGACUGGUCUUGUGGAGCCAUUACAUUCCAGCUCUCUUCUUUUCCCACAUCGCCGCGGUGUGUUCACAUUCUGCACGGGAGGCGGACGCUGCAGCUUUUUUUCUCUCCUGCUCGUAUUUCACUGAGGUUGAAUCUCUGGACUGCGAUCGAGCGUGUGGCAGCAGUGAAACAACACGAUGAGAUGGUGCAGCUCCGAGGACGUCAGGAGGAGUUCACGACGCUCCUGAUGUUCAGCAGCGUAACUGCGUCUCAUCAAGACAUUUUUGUUGCUCUACUUGAAUAGGCGAUAUGUCUCUCUCUCUCUCUCUCUGUCUCCCCCAGUUGCUUUCGCUUCUGUCCCGUGGUGUGCUUCUGUUCUCUUUCUAUUUCUUGGCCGAAAGAUGUUUUCUCCAGUGAUCCGCAUGCCUGCAUCCAGCACAGCUUCUUUUGAGCCUUUUGCUACACUGAGGGCAGCAGUUGUUCCCUGGGGUCGUUUAGCCUCUUCCUCUCAUGCAGGUGCCACAGCCAACAUGUGUGUCUGCACUUAAAGCCUCUCAUUUAUAAACCCUAUUUUAACUCUCACCAGGCAGACCCUGAAUGUUCUUGUUUUUUCAAUAUUUUUACAGUAUUUUACAGUCGUUUGUUGAUGUUGAACCUGUUCCACCUGUGUAUGUCAAGUAUAUGAUGAAAUAUGAUAUUGACGAUAUAAAAGGAAAUAUGUUAUCCAUACUCUUUGUACACACCCAGGAUAUGUUGUAUAUAGAGCACCGUCAGCUUGUAUUGUAGGAUACAGGACAGUAUAUUUAUAAUAUAUUCAACACGCUAUUGUGAAGCUGCAUUAGAUACACUCAGAGCUGACAUUUUCUUCUUGUGAGUCCCAAAAGCGCGAUAAUCAUGUCGGGGGUUGUUUUCCUUUCUUUCUUUUUUUUUUGCUGUCUAACAUGGUGGUAAUAAUUCAGCACAAUAUGAGUAUUAUAGUAAAGCCUAUGUACUUAUCAAAGAUUAGUAAGUGAUCAAAGGGUGUUUGUGACAGGAUUUCGCUGCGUGGUAGUGAAAAAAUUCACGUGAGGUGUUGAGCUACCGUGGGAAGAGUUCCAGAGACAGUGCUGUGACCUAACAGGAUGAUUUUAAAGGGAUCAGCGUUGAUUCUGUUGGCAGAGACGCAUAAAGAAGGUGAGGAAUGUAAAAUAAAAACAAAAAAAUGUGUUAAUGAACCUCCCCGUUAAGGAGGAUGCGGGCAGGCCGGUUUCAAUACGGAAUCUUAUAAUGUUUGGGUAUGAUUUUGGUAGCCAUACACACCUCAUAGCAUCACUGAUGUAUAGCCAUUAUCUACUCAGGCUUUAAAAUGACACCUUGAGCAGCUGCAGUGCCAGCAUCCAACCAGCAGGUGGCGGCGCUGUCGGCAUUUUCAGCCAUAACCACACCUGCUGCACCUGCAGUCAAUAUGCAUGGCAUCACCCACUCACCUGAGGAUGGGGAUGGACUUAGCAGGGCUAAACGAGACGACACCUGUUUGCGUUACGUGAGCGUCUGAGUGUGUGUUUGCGCGUCCGUCUCGCCGUGUGUGAAUGUUAGCGCGUGCACGCAGAGCUGACUGUUUCAUGUUGUCUGACGCAUGUUUCAUCAUCAGCUCCCAUGUUGUUAGCAGAUGAUUUGAUAUUCAGGCUCACAGUGUUUGCCUCUCGAUCACCUUCUGCCUGCGCUUUAGAGCCGAAGCGAUUGGUUGAUUGUUUGAGUCAUCUAUCAAGCAAAAAAACAACAAAAAGCCAAACAAUCUGAGGUUCCAGCUCAUUAAUUAUGAGAAAUUUCUUCUCUUCUUUGUCUUAUGUGACGGUAAAACUGAGUAUCUUUGUGUUUUGACUGUUAGGCAGACAAAAGAAGUAAUUCAAAGAUGUCUAUGUUUUCUACAACUUUCUGACGUUAUGUUGACAAAACGAUUAAUCGAUAACAAAAGUCAACAUUAGAAAUAAUCUAAAUCUCAUUCUUUUCAGUCUGACAGUUUAAGGACAAAAUGCGGAUUGCAUUGUUGCCAUGGCCGACAUCUUGUAUCUUUUGCCAGUUUGUGUAACGUGACGUUACAGCUCUGUAUUUCUAUUCACUACCAGUGUUGGACUCGUGCUGAGUGUCAUUCAUGGUCCACUGAGGGGACGGAUGGCGAGUUUCGAUUCAGAAAGUGCCGAUUUGUUUCGUUCUUGCAUCCUCAGUUGCAGUCAGAUGGAAACCAAUGCUGCAUUGAUGUGAACGCACUCCUCAGAUGUUGUUCUGAAAUGCUGGAUUCCUUUCUUUCCCCGCACUAAAGAAGCUACGGUUAAUGUGGACAUUACAAUGGUUUGAUUUCCUCAGUAUUUACAUUUUGCUCACAGUGCAGCCCUGAAACACAGCCUGUUUAUAUCAUUUAGCACAGAUAAACAUUCUCCCUCCAGUAUCUGCUCUGGAGCUUCCUCAGCACUUUGAGUUUGUCCAGUUUUUAUGAAUCAUUCUCGGCUGGAACAAUUAGCCCAUCUAAAAGGGAGAUUCAUCUGCAGCUUGUGAAUCGGCUGAUUGAUUAUUUUAUGAAUUAGUACGGUAUCAUUCAGCUGAAAUCUAGCACUGAUAAAUCCUGCUAGAUCUAAAUCAUCUCCAAAGUGCUCGGUAGCUCAGUCCAGCCGGUGGGUGUUGCAGGCGCAGGCUCUAGAAGCUCCGCACAGUAUGGGUGGAUGUAUGUGAGGCAGGCAGCUCUUCAGAGCCUCCACCUUGACAAACUCUCCAAGGUCUCCUCGCCACCUCCUCUCUCCGUGUGUUGUCACCGCUGGCUUACAUGAAAGAGCAGCUGCAGGAUCUCCAUGGCACUGCUUAGCGCGGAAGUGGCUGGUUCCCGUGGCGACGGCUGAGUGACGCUCCAGUGAAAGUCACCCUGCUGUAGUGCAUUCACGGCGGUGCAACACGUCCGUUAAAGCGGCAGCGGCGGCAGCAGCGGCGGCGGCAGCAGCGGCAGCGCAUGCCUGCAGCGGUUUGGCCAAACUGCCCUUUAAACGUGCGCUUGUACUGUUUCCAUUCAAAGCCUCAUUUCUGAAUGUAAAUAAAGCAUGAGAUAUUACGGCCUGCGUUCAUUUAUGUUAUGGUUAGAGUAUUAAAUGAAGGGUUAAUAUAUAAGGUAGGUCAGCUUUUCUUUCCUGUCCUCGAGCUCAUGGUCAUUUCUUUAAUUUCUCUCAAUGUGAAUGAAGGAAUAUUUAAUGCUGUCUUAUGCUGUUGUGUUUAGGAGCCUUGAGCCAGCUCAUACAAAUCUUUUUACGUGUAGAGGUCUGAUCUGAUCCAUCUCAGUGUUUUUCUAGACUGGUGCAGGUGAAGGCAACGUUCGUUUUAUGGUGCACAUACAGUAAGCUACAUGUGUCACUGCCUUGUUAAAACUCACCAAGGAAAUGUCGUUUGUGAGCCUCUCCUGGGAGGCACCGAAGAUGAAAAUAAAAGUGUUUUGGAAGGUUAA